GCCUCUCCCGGAGCCCGCGCAGGGGCCGGGCCGCGGUGCUCCCGCGCGGGGAGGCGCGGCCGGGACCCGCCAGCGCCGUGCGGGUGGCGGGAUCCGGGCUGCGGGGUCAGGCCCAGCUCGGGCGGUACCGCGGGCGCAGGGACCGGUCCGCGCUCCUCCAGUUCUGCUUCGCGGCGCUGACCCACGCAGUACCAGAAAUUGCCUUUGCAAAAUGAGCCAGCUUCCUCCAAAGAGUCUUUUGGCAUCCCCGGUGUCAGAGGGCACGAAUUCCAGGGUAGAGUCUUUGGACAACUUGUCAAUGGACAGUUUUUGGCUGGAAGUAGAGAACAUUAAACAGAGCACUGAAGUGGAGCAAGAGGAAUGCAGCCUUGCAGAUGUCAAAGCACAAGAAGAGGGAGAGGCUGAAGCUGAGUGGCUCCAGGACGCAGGUCUGUCCGACCUCCUCGGGGACUGUGCCUCUGAGAACGACAACAUUGUGCUGCUCUCCACCCUGACCAAGACUCAGGCCGCUGCUGUGCAGCGGCGGUUGGACACCUAUUCCCGGUCUCGGAGGAGGAACAAGCAUGCUGUGCGUGAUGUCAGAGACAUUUUUGGAGUGGUCAACUCAGAGGUGACAGCAGCAGAGAAAAAGGAGUCCAGCCCAGAUCAGCUGUGGCACAGUCGACAGACUUCAAAUAUACACAGAACAGAAACCCAGGAUUACUCCUGCACAGUUCGAAACCCUGGAAAAGAGGAGAUGUUCAACAUGGAUGUUGCCUACUCGGAGCAAGCAGCUGUCCUGCUCAAGGGAUCAUUCCUUUCUGAACCUAGGAAGUUAAAGGAUGGCAACGCCCUAACUAAAUUUAAGAUCCCCAAGGGCAGACUUGGAGUAACCAGGAUUGGAGAUCUGUCUGCUCAGGACAUGAAGAAGAUCCCCACACUGGCUCUUAUUGAACUAACAGCUCUCUGUGAUAUCCUGGGCUUUGAGCUGAAGAGAAACAAAGCAGCAAAGCUGAAAACAACAGAUAAAAGACUCUUUGGAGUUCCACUCAACACCCUAUUAGAAAAUGACCAAAAACUGCUCCCCAACACUAAGGUUCCUCUGAUACUCCAGGCACUGCUAUCCUGCUUGGAAAAGAGAGGACUUGAAACAGAAGGCAUUUUGAGAGUUUCUGGAUCCCAGACCAGAAUCAAGAGUCUGGAACAGAAGCUAGAAAGGGACUUCUAUACUGGCCUUUUCCACUGGGAUGCAGUCCACCAGAAUGAUGUGUCUGGGCUACUGAAAAGAUUCAUAAGGGAGCUGCCAGCCCCACUGCUGACAGCAGAGUACCUCCCUGCUUUUGCUGCUGUACAAAAUAUUCCAGAUCUGAAGCAAAGAUUGCAAGCUCUGAACCUUCUGAUCCUGAUUCUGCCAGAGCCCAACAGAAACACUCUAAAGGCUCUACUUGAGUUCCUCAGCAAAGUGGUUGCCAGGGAGAACAACAACAAAAUGAACCUCUGGAACGUUUCCACAGUCAUGGCCCCAAACCUCUUCAUGCACAAGGGACUGCCAGACAAGAUCCCUGAAGGGAAGGAGAAGCAGCUGGCUGAGGGGGCUGCUGAUGUUGUGCGGAUGAUGAUCCAUUACCAGGAUUUGCUUUGGACAGUCUCCUCUUUUCUGGUAGCUCAAGUGAGAAAGCUGAACGAGAGCAAUAGCAAAAGGUACCAGUUCUGUGACAAGCGAAUUAAACAUUUGUUGCGGAAGAUUCAUGCUGAUAAAGACAAGGUGAAAAAGAACCAGGCAGAGCCUUGCAAGAUUGUGAAAGUCCAUGCGUCGCUUCUCCUGAAGGAUCCACUAGAAGUGCAUUUGAACAAUGCAACGAGAGUUGCUGAUGUCUUGAGGCAGUUUCAAAAGAACAUGUGCCAGCGUGGCUGGAACGUUGUUAACACUGUCAACCUCCUCAAGUGUAACAACUCAAUGGAGUGCACAAACUUGCUGCUGUAUGAAGUGGGGGGCAAUAUUGGUGAACAUUGCCUGGACCCGGACACUUACCUCUUAGACUUGUACCACAUCAAUCCCCAUGCUGAGUGGAUAAUUAAGCAAAACCCAUCUUAUCCUCGGGUGUUCUAAGGAAAGCAUGAGCAAAAUGAAGCAUUCGACUGAAGUUUUGGAAGGUGUGGAAAAGCUAUAGAGAUGUUCCUGGUAUAGUCACAGACUGGACAAUGCUUGUGUCUUUGAAGGAAAACCAGCUUUAUUUACUACUUCCAUGACAGCUGGCUGUGAGAGUACCCUACCCUACAUGCUACAGGGGUGUUGAUAACAAGCAGCAAUUAUCAUCAUGUAGCAGGAUUUGCAGGAGGUAUGAUUACUUUUAAGCGAAAUAUCCCCCCCGCCCCCAACAAACCCUGCAAAGAAAGCUACAGUGAUUGUGCAGCAAAGAUUGAACAUAAGAAAUGACCUCCUGAAGAUGGUAGAAGUAAUCUGUUUCUUCUGGAUUUGCUCUUUCUUUUGAUCACGCCCACAUUUUAGAGGAGGGGGUCAAAUGCUGCAACGGUACUAAUGACAUCCCGUAGGUGAGAGCCACUGUUGACUCUUGCAUAUCGCCAGAAAAAGUUGUGAGCCUCGGUUUCACUAAUAAGAUACUCUUACAUUCUUUGGAGAAUGAAAAAGGAUGUUUCCAAACAGCCAGACAGGAUGUGAAGCCAACAUCCUGUAUUUAAUGGCUACCAUUAAAUACAUCUAUGCAACCCAAAAAAAUAACUUUCCUUGGAAAAAGUAUGGGAUGGACAGCAGCCUUUGAAAUGUGCAGUGUGCAUGAUAGAAGAGAUGCCUGUCCCAUACAACUCUGCUGGUGAUGCAAAAACAAACGUACAGGUUGCCAUUGAUCAGGGUAAACCAUUGCAUUUAUUUUGAUGGACAACCUAUAUAUCAAGAGGCAACCAACGAAAUAUUCUGAGGUAAUUGGAGGUCAGUAAUCUGACCUGGCCACAGAAACUGAACUUCUUUUUGGAAGAUUGUGUGUGAACAUGUCUGUUUAGAAACAAAUCAAAAAACCCCUAAGAUGUGCAGUGGCUGAACAAAGAGGUCUGUGCUUGUACCUGGUUGCACAGUGGGUACUGAAUUGAGCCUUCACCACUCUGAGAGCAGGUUUGCAUCUCACAUCACUGCAUAACCAUCACACGACCUCAAAUCAAACUGCACUUGCGGAAGAGGAGUGCAGAAGUAUUGUUUUCCUUUGUGGUGACGCUGAAAUACCUCACAAGAGGAAACCUACUGUGCAGUGACAGGGGAUGGAAGAUGCACCAUUUCUGAAAAUCACAACAUCUUUUUUUAUAUACGGUUUUUAAGCACUCUUGGAUAUUUAUUCACGUGGCAGAAGCAGGGCUGCCCUGCAAGUGUAUACUCAAAAUAUUUCCUUUGUCAGAUCCUAGCUGCACUAGUGACAAUCUCCAGUAUUAUUUCUUCUGUUAAAGGAUUUUUUUUCCAUUGCAGUCUGGACUUCCCCUCUGUUUUUUUUUCCCCCCAGGCUGAUGUAUAGCUACCCCUGUUCAUUAACUCAAAGCCCCAGUUUCUGUUGUAAGGGAACCUCAUUCUCUGGUUAAAUUCUUUCCGUGGUUGAGGAACAGGUGAGCCGUAACCCAUAUUCUUCCUCACUUCUUGUGAAUGUGGUGUGAGUGGUGCUGAUGUAUUGAAAUGAUGCAUAUAUUAGAGCGUUUGUCUACUUUUUUUUGGUUGAGAUGAUGCAGAUGGCACUGAGUGCUGAGAUCCUCUUCAUAGCUGUCUUUUUAAGUACCCAUAAUAGAAACUUGCUAAGAACCCGCCUCCCAACCCUGACCCAGAACCCCAAUAUCAAGGCUUUUUGAGGUGCCUCUGUUUUACAGGGAUGAAAUUGUGCCCAAAAGGACCUGAUUCCUGUCCUUAAGGAUGGCUGAUUUGUGUCUCUUGAAAGACGAAGCUGCUUUAAAAUCAGGCAUUAAAAAUCGAUGGUACCUAUUCACUCAUCACUUGUGGAAAUCUUUGUUGCAGUGAUGGAGCUUAGCAAGGAGUAAAUGCCAGAGAUGCGAUACUGUAAGAAAUACCUAACUCAGAAACGUAUCAGUGUAAGCUCAAAGAUCCUUCAUAAGCUAAAUUACAUCCCUGCAAAUCACAUAACACUGCAUUUUCUUAUAUGCCUCAUAUGCUGGAUGUUCUGUUAAGCAUACUGGCUUCCAAUGCACAUGAACGGGAAACACUACAUCACUGCUGCUGUAAAUAACAAAUGAGUGGGGUUUCUUUUCAACACCAAACAAUGUGAAUCCAUGCUGUGAAAAACAGGUUGGUGGGAGGUUCUCACAAGACAAAUGUCAGUUCUCAAACAUGGAAGGAAAUGUAAAAAAAAAAAAACCAUCUCUUUCCAGAUGAUAGGUGUGCUUUUAUAUUUUUCUUUCCUAUUUCUGUAUCAAAAAGUAAGUAUGAAUUUUUCAGUCACUGAUGUGCAUCCUACUUCUGAAUUCUGGCUUUUAAUAACUUUUUUACAAAUUUUUAAUGCUUUAUUUAAAAUCCAUUUAUUCAGUGAAACAAUAAAAAUACGGUAAAACCUC